UUCACUCUCCGGUCCGCACGCAGUCCACUCUCCUCUCCACCACCGAUAUUUGCACCAUGUUCGCCGGCCGUGCCGCAGCACGCUCUGCUCGAGUGGCAGCACCUCGAUUCCAACUCGCCGCACCGACGCGCUCCUUCGCCGAGGCCGCCGCAAAGCCUGCCUCCGCCAGCACCAGGCCUCCUAUCGAUGUCUUCGGCGUCGAUGGCACCUACGCCAGCGCUCUGUACACCGCCGCGGCCAAGAACUCCUCGAUCGAGACCGUGUCCAAGGCAUUGGAGAGCUUGAGUGCUACAUUCAAGAAGGAACCAAAGCUCCAGCAAAUCCUCGCAUCACCCACUCUUACCGUCGAUGAUAAGAAGCAGAUCAUUGCCGAGCUGCAAAAGGGCAUUAGCGUGCAGGACAAGACGAACACUGUUUCCGGCUUCUUGAACACCCUGGCAGAGAACAACCGACUCAGCGUGCUCGAGGGCGUCACAGAGAAAUUCGCGCAGCUGAUGAGCGCCUCCCGUGGCGAGGUCGAGCUCAACAUCACCAGCGCUGCACCAUUGGACAACAAGGUGAUCAAGCAGCUCGAGGCCGCAGUCAGCAAGAGCCAAUACGUAGGAGCGAACAAGAAGGUCAAGGUUGUGGCCAAGGUCAACCCGGAUAUCCGCGGUGGUCUGGUCGUGGAGAUUGGAGACCGCACAAUCGACCUAUCGGUUUCCUCAAAGAUGCACAAGAUGAACAGGUUGCUCCAAGAGACCUUGUAAAUAUAUUGCGGUUCUUUCCCGAGCGCAGCGGCUGUAGACCUUGACUAAAGCAACAGUUUCCUGUGUUGUUCACAAAAUACUUUGAGAAUGCGGCUCACAGACCCCUGUCGCAAUUGAGUGGUGCAAACUUGCGGUACCUGAC